GCCACACCCCUGCAGAGAUCCUGCCCAUCUCCCUGGUGUUUAAAAUACGAACUCAGAACAAUAGCAACGAAUCCACGCGUAAUUAAAUGAAUGAGCCCUUCUUGUCAAUCUUGGAUUAAUGGCCAAUAGCAACCUCGUAAGAAUGAUGUGAAAUCUGAAGGGCUGCUAAUCUGUUUUUCGAGGCUGUCGGUAUAUGGCGAAGGGAAGGGGGCUCGUCCCGGCAUCCUGAGGGGAGGUAAUUUGCACGGAUCAAGGGGCAGGCGUUGCAAAGUAUAAAUACUGUGACUUCAAUAGCUGAUCACCAGCAGGUUGGAACUCCGCAGCAAGAAGACAUUUGGCCGAUAUCUUAUACAUUUAGCUGCAGCACGAGAUACAGAGUUGGCAACAACACCACCUUGCAUUUAGGUCGACUAAAAUAAACACUCUUGAUGUCUUAAGCUGUAGUGCAACUGAGAGAGAGAGAGAAAAAAAACGACAGAGAGCGUGAGAGAACAAGACGGGGAGAUUUUUUGGGAGCAGUGAUGGAAGAACUUACCGCAUUUGUGUCGAAGUCAUUUGAUCAGAAAGUGAAGGAAAAGAAGGAGGUGAUCACGUACCGGGAGGUGCUGGAGACCGGAUCCGCGCGUGCCAGGGAGGGUCUCGCCACCGAACCUAAUCGCGAGGAAAUGAACGAUAUCGCUCGGGUAGACGCGCGAUCGCCAGGCAGGGAACCGGACAUGCUGGGACCAGAGAGAACCAGGGAUGUGGGAAGCCCGAAACUGAUCGAUGGUACCACGCACAUGAAAGAGAGAAAAGAAGACACAAAGCAAAUGGAGGACGAGGCACAGACUAAAAUCAAGCAGAGGAGAAGUCGGACUAACUUUACACUGGAGCAAUUGAACGAGCUCGAGCGGCUAUUCGAUGAGACUCAUUACCCGGAUGCCUUCAUGCGCGAGGAGCUGAGCCAGCGGCUGGGGCUGUCCGAGGCUCGAGUACAAGUUUGGUUUCAGAACCGGAGGGCCAAAUGCAGAAAGCAGGAGAAUCAGUUACACAAAGAUGUCCUAUCUUUUCUUCCAGGAGUUCUCAUUGGAGCCGCGAGUCAGUUUGAAGGUUGUCGUGUAGCGCCAUAUGUCAACGUGGGGGCCUUACGGAUGCCAUUCCAACAGGAUAGUCAUUGCAACGUGCCGCCCUUCUCCUUUCAGGUCCAGGCGCAACUGCAGUUGGACAGCGCGGUGGCCCACGCGCACCAUCACCUGCACUCUCACCUGGCAGCGCACGCUCCUUACAUGAUGUUUCCGGGCCCGCCAUUUGGUUUGCCCUUGGCUACGCUCGCGGCUGAAUCCGCCUCUGCUGCCUCGGUUGUGGCCGCAGCUGCAGCCGCCAAAAACACCAACAAAAACUCCAGUAUUGCAGAUCUGAGACUCAAGGCCAAAAAACACGCGGCAGCUCUGGGACUGUGACUAGGCGUGCAACAAGGCGUAUAUGGCGUCUAAAAUGCCUACAUUAUUGACUGAAAGUAAUCGACAAGGCAGAGCGGCCUCAAAACAAAAAAAGGCUUACAAAGUGAAAGCAAGGACAUAUUUAUGUUUUUUUUUUUAAAUGAAGGACAUCAUGUAUAACUAUAGAAAUAGGCUAUUUAUGAAAUAAAACAAAGAUAACGGACUGUGAAAUCGAUAAUAAUUUUGGAUCUCAACGAAAAGGGCGGGAGUUGAUGUAGGCUACAUUUUCACAAUGCAACGUGGGAACUGCACCAACGUGAAACAAGGGUGUUGUCAACGAGAAGGAUUGCCAAGAGGAACGAUGCCGCUGGGACGUUCGAUUUUUUUGUGUAACAAGUCGAACUAUUCUGCGUUGUUUUUCGUUAUUAGGCUAUAUUAUCAUUUCCUUUUGAAACUAUUGAGGCUGGCCUCGCUAUAUUUCAAAAAAAUAUAUAUCUGUAAAGGGAACAGCAGAUGUUCGUGAACGGAUAGAGAGACAAAAAAGUACCCUUAUGUGACAGGUUUUUUCUGUUCUUCUUCUUGUUCAAAUGAAAACUCCUCUGCAGUGUUGCAUGAAUGUCUUUCGUCACAGAUGACGUAAUUUGAGUCGGUUCCAUUUCACUCUCGUGCUCUCCCUCCAUGGACAGCAGACAUACAGACACUAUGAGGAACUACCGAAGCUCUCACUUGAAUGUCACAGUAUUUGGACCUCGUGGCUUCUAGCCAUGCAGGGUUGUGUGGAAUUCAAACAUUUGCCACAAAUGUUACAUUAUUUUGUAAAUGGGGAACUUCAGUUAGUCUAUGAAGUUUUAUCCAUUGCGAUGAGUGAAUUUGCGAGUGAUUCGACCUACUGAAAGGGCAAUAUAAUGUCACGUUUUAAGAACAACAAAUAUUUGGACAAUAAUUGCAGUAGGCUAUAUGUGAGACGGUACGGGGCAUAUGUAAGAAACAUGCAUUAUUUGUUUGUUAUUUUGUGGCUUAUGAAUGCAUUGUGAGAGCAUUCAUGUUUUCUAUUUUACUUUCCUUCCGUGUGUAAAAAUCAUGUGCAUUCUGUAGGCUAUGUAAUGUUGAUGUUUUUAUAACAGUGAAAGUGAACGUAGCCUACCUGAGGCACGGAUUUCUAAAAAUAUAGAAAUUCUUUAACUUUUUUCAUCACCUAUGUGAAACGUGAACUCACCUAAACAAAAUGUUUUCGGUUCAUAGAAUAAAUCAACUGACGUUUCUUUUUA